UCUGACUGAGAUCCUCAGAAGAUCCAGAAUGAAGAUCCAAUUGAUUCUGUGUUUUCUGGGACUGAGUUUCCACGGCGCUGCUGCAGUGUCUCAUUCUCUGAAGUAUUUCUACACCGCUUCCUCUCAAGUCCCGAACUUCCCAGAGUUCGUGUCUGUUGGUUUGGUUGAUGAUGCUCAGAUUAGUCACUAUGACAGCGACACCAGAAUGACGGUUCCUAAACAGGACUGGAUGGCCAUGGAUGAACAGUACUGGAAGAGACAAACUGAUAUCGGUCUGGGUCACCAGCAGACCUUCAAAGCCAACAUUGAAAUAUUAAAGCCGCGCUUCAACCAAACUGGAGGUGUUCAUGUGUUUCAGUGGAUGUACGGAUGUGAGUGGGAUGAGGAGACUGGAGCGGUCAACAGUUUUCAUCAAUACGGUUAUGAUGGAGAAGACUUCAUUGCUCUUGACCUGAAGACAGAAUCAUGGAUUGCUCCAAAACAGCAGGCUGAAAUCACCAAACACAAGUGGGACAAUGACAAAGCUUUAAUGGCAGGACGGAAGAACUACCUAACCCAGAUUUGUCCUGAAUGGCUGAAGAAAUACGUGAAUUAUGGAAGCAGCUCUCUGAUGAGAAAAGUUCUUCCAUCAGUGUCUCUCCUCCAGAAGUCGUCCUCCUCUGCAGUCAGCUGUCAUGCUACAGGUUUCUAUCCUGACAGAGCUGAACUGCUGUGGAGGAGAGAUGGAGAGGAGAUCCAUGAAGGAGUGGAGAAAGGACAGAUCCUCCCCAACAAUGAUGGAACUUUCCAGAUGAGCGUUCAUCUCCAACCUCCAUCAGGAGAAGACAUGCAGAGAUAUGAAUGUGUGUUUCAGCUCUCUGGAGUCAAAGAAGACGUCAUCACUAAACUGGAGAAAGCAAAGAUCAGAACCAAUGAAGGUUCUUCCAGUCAGAUGUUGAUCAUCAUUGGUGUCCUCGCUGCUGUUAUGGCUGUCGUUGCUGUGUCUGCAUUCAUUUUUUACAAGAAGAAGAACGCCAAGCGUCCACCAUCUCCUGUAGACAACAAGGAGAUCCAGGAGCAGAUGCUUCAACCAGAAAAUCCAUCAGCCUAAGAGAUGAACUCUCCUCUGAACAGUUUUGGAAUCAAAUCUGCAACAAUCUUUCCUGUAAAUUUAAUUUUUUUCAUGUUGAUUUACAAACAACAACAAUCUUCUUUCUACAAAUGAACAAGGGUUACCAAAUAUCUCAUAAACUCAGUUAUUCUUUGCUAUAUUAAAUCCUUAAAAAGUUGUCAGCUUACAAACAGCAACAAACAAUUAAAGCAUGAAAAUAAAAGAAACAGAGAAAUUGGAGUUUGGUUCAUUAAAAUGUUUUAUUCUAUCAAUAUUCCACAUCUGAUAAAUCUGAAGUCAAUUAAAGUUGUUGAAGUUGUUAACUUGUUUCUGCUCAUUUAAAAUUUUGUUUCAUUUCUAAAUAUUAUUUGUCUUUAUUCAUCAUGUUUGUAUAUUUUGAAGCUUAUAGAGUCAAUAUGCAGCUUGAUAUGUUUUACUCCUGGGUUAUAAAGGAAAAUGAAAGAAAGUUAAUCUUAAUAGUUUGUGGUUUUGGUUCUUGUCUUGUGCUUUUCUUGUAUUGACUUGUGUGUUUUUGAUGGAUUUAGAAACAUUUUUCUGUGUAGACAUUACAAUAUAAAGGUUUGGGUUAAAUCACUUUGUGUGGGGAAACAAAUGUUAAGUAAAAUUUCUGUUUGAUGCUUUUUCUCAGUAAAUCUUCCCUAAAUAAACUCUGUUGUGAUUCC